AAAAAAUUUGAGAGCUGGAAGUGCGAUUGAGCGAGGCCAAGCAAAUCAUUCUCUAUUUGUUCACUCCGUUUCUCCAGUCUGACAUCUGGGCUUUCGACGACAUCUUUCAACCCGAAGCUUGUCUCAAGACUCUCAAGAUCUAGCUUGGCCCCGCAAGUCCUCUUUUUAUUCACAUAUACACAAUGUUCGCCCCGAUCCUCAGGAGGCGUGCCCUCCAGAAGACCAGCAGCUUGCGAUAUGUCACCCCGGCGCUGACAAGAUGGUACGCGUCGUACCCGCCACACACCGUCGUGAAGAUGCCGGCACUAUCGCCUACAAUGACGGCCGGUAACAUUGGGGCCUGGCACAAGAAGCCCGGUGACGGCAUCGCUCCGGGCGACGUCCUUGUUGAGAUUGAGACCGAUAAGGCCCAGAUGGACUUUGAGUUUCAAGAGGAGGGUGUUCUUGCCAAGGUCCUGAAGGAGACAGGCGAGAAGGACAUUGCAGUCGGAAACCCGAUCGCCGUUCUUGUCGAGGAGGGCACUGACGUCAAGGCCUUCGAGAACUUCACUCUCGCGGAUGCUGGUGGAGAGGCUCCAGCCUCAUCCCCGCCGAAGGAGGAGAAGAACGUCGAGGAGUCCUCGAAAGCCGCCUCUACCCCGACACCAACCCCGGCCCCCGAACCUGAGAACACCAAGUCGGCCGGCAGGCUGCAGAAUGCUCUCGACCGCGAGCCCAAUGCAGAGCCAGCGGCGAAGCGUCUCGCCAACGAAAAGGGAAUCAAGCUCGAUGGCGUGAAGGGUUCUGGCAAGAAUGGCAAGAUCACGGCCGAGGAUGUUAAGAAGCUGGGCUCGAGUGGCCCUGCCGCGGCUGCCGCUGCAGGACCCGCCGGUGCGCUCUAUGAGGACAUCCCCAUCAGCAACAUGCGCAAGACCAUUGCCAACCGUCUCAAGGAGUCCGUUUCCGAGAACCCUCACUACUUCGUUUCCUCGUCUCUCUCCGUCUCCAAGCUCCUCAAGCUGCGUCAGGCCCUGAACAGCUCGUCCGAGGGCAAGUACAAGCUCAGUGUCAACGACUUCCUGAUCAAGGCCAUCGCUGUUGCAUCCAAGAAGGUGCCGCAGGUCAACUCUUCGUGGCGCGACGGUGUGAUUCGCCAGUUCAACACUGUUGAUGUCUCCGUUGCUGUUUCCACCCCAUCCGGCCUGAUCACUCCCAUUGUCAAGGCUGUUGAGACCAAGGGUCUGGAGAGCAUUUCCGCUUCGGUCAAAGAGCUGGCCAAGCGGGCCCGUGACAACAAGCUCAAGUCUGAUGAGUACCAGGGCGGCACCAUUUCCAUCUCCAACAUGGGCAUGAACACGGCCGUCGAGCGCUUCACCGCAGUCAUCAACCCACCGCAGGCUGCCAUUGUCGCCAUUGGCACCACCAAGAAGGUUGCCGUGCCAGUCGAGAAUGAGGAUGGUACCACUGGUGUUGAGUGGGAUGACCAGAUCGUCAUCACUGGUAGCUUCGACCACAAGGUUGUCGAUGGUGCUGUGGGUGCCGAGUGGAUGAAGGAGCUCAAGACGGUUGUUGAGAACCCUCUGCAGCUCCUUCUGUAGAGGGGAAGCGGGGUAUUCGAGAAGUGGUUGGGCCAUUUAUCGGCUGAGUACGUGUUCAGAGCGAGCGUGAUGCCUGCGCCAGCACGGUAAUGGCUUGGUGGAUUGUUCCUACAACAUAUGUAUCAAUAAUGGCACUGGGAGUAAAUGCGGCAUUUGCUUUAUCGAGGUCACGAACGGGCUAUAAGGGGCCCUGAGAAUCUAUCAGCUUUUCUCUUUUGUGUUUAGACUGAGCUCUUCAAAUGUGAUCAAUUAAAUGGGAGUUAAAUGCCCAUGUA